UUCCUGAAAACUACCCAGUGCCACUAACAGAAUUGUUUCGCGACGACGAAGCCUGGGUCUGCCUUCAAGGGUCGGAUGAGGUUAUCACCACGAUACACCCACACUAAUCUGACGUCAAAUGGCUAUCACUUUGCAAGCAAGACGACGUGCUCAGCGUAAUACCAUCCUUCCCACUCCAAUCCGAAUUCGGAAAUCGGCAUGGCUUUAGAUAACGUUUGGAAAAAAGACAGCUGUGAACGUUGCUUCUCAGAAUCCCACCAACGCAGAACCAACAGCUGAGCUACAACACAACACAACGUAAGUUGUGAAGGGGAGGAUAGACAGUGUCUCUAGGGCGCAGUAUAGCACAGACAUUGUACCCGGCUCUGGGUAGCAGAAUAGGACUCCAAUAUGAUGGGACGCGGCGCUCUAGCGGGGGCAAGACUCGCCAGCGAGAGGAAGAAAAGAACCUUGAAACUACAGAAGCAAGGGACAAAGAAGCUUCGUCGCAUUACACCCAAACCAGCUAAGAUCAUGGUGAUCAAGGGCAGGAUCAACCUGCUCUCCCCGUACACCAUCUGUGUGCUCCUGGGCUUCUGUGUCCUUACCGUCGGGGUGGUGAUGUGCAUGUUUGCGUACGAGUACGUGGAAGUCGCCGUGCGUAACAACAACAACUCUUCCAGCACCGCGGAGAUGGACAGAGACCGGUCAUUCCUUAUAAACCGAGCCUUACUGCGGGACUUUCGGCUCAUCGGCCCGCUGAUUGUGGGGUUAGGAGUGUUUACAAUGCUGUGUGGGAUGACUGCUUUACUAGAGGACAGGGAUGGGAGAACGAAAAGAAUAAUCAUCCGCGAACCUACGGACGAAGACUUCGAAAGGGAUGUAGGACCAGUCUCGCCGACGUCAUCUUCUAAAGCAUACUACCCGGAUUAUACAAGAAUAGACAGACUCCCAAAAUACAGACUUCCGCGGUUUACAGUGGGCUCGUGUCCGAACCUGCGGUACCAGCCCGACUCGCCCGCCCGUCUUAACCCGCUACGGGGGUACAUGAAGUCCAUGCCGUCCCCCGUGCCGGUACGGGACUUGUACAGGUUUCAGCCUCUGCGAUGUAUAGGGGAGGCAUAUGAUCUGACUUAAGCUGACUUUAUCUGGAUUCAUAGGGCUUACAGAAGUAUGUCACAGCGUUGAAUUAAUAAGAGAAAGUUUUCCCCUCUCAGAUGUUAUUUUCGACAUUCAUCUCUUGUAAUUAUUACGUGUUGUGUCAUGAGGCCAAAUAGGAGCAACUUUUUCAAUGUUAUUUUCUCAAUAUAAUAAUAACAUAGCGUUGAAAAAAGAGGACAACAUGCUUCAGUAGCUACGCAGCAUCUACAUUUAUGGUCUAUAGGAGCUUGUUUAUGGUCUAUAGGAGCUUGUUUGGACUGUUAACAUGUGAUGAUGUUGUUACAUCCGUCGGUAAAUUUGCUUUUGCAGAAGAGAUGUUGAAAACGUCUGCGUUUUGCGUGCAAAUAUAGGUCAGAGUAUAGGAUAUCAAGAUUCAUGAGAUUCACAAUAGUCCAUGACAGUUACCAUGUGUACGUACAACAGCUGGGUUUGCAUAUACCCGUGUUAUGCUAUACGGUC